CUGAACCCCGCAGCGGAAGGCCGAGCGGCAGAGACAGGGAAGCGGCGCGAAGAGCGGGCCGGCGUUCUGGUUCAGCGGUAGCCGGCAGCAAUAUGUCUCACGCCUCUCCGCUCUCGAAACCGUCCAACCCAAGCAACCCCCGAGUCUUUUUCGAUGUGGACGUUGGGGGCGAACGAGUUGGUCGAAUUGUAUUAGAACUGUUUGCAGAUAUUGUACCUAAAACUGCAGAAAAUUUCCGUGCGUUGUGUACUGGAGAAAAAGGUAUUGGGCCUACAACUGGAAAGCCUCUUCAUUAUAAAGGAUGUCCUUUCCAUAGAAUUAUCAAGAAAUUUAUGAUCCAGGGUGGAGAUUUUUCACACCAGAAUGGAACAGGUGGAGAAAGUAUAUAUGGAGAAAAGUUUGAAGAUGAAAACUUUCAUUAUAAGCAUGAUAAACCAGGUUUGCUCAGCAUGGCAAAUGCAGGAUGCAAUACGAAUGGUUCACAGUUCUUUAUCACAACUGUCCCAACCCCUCACCUUGAUGGGAAACAUGUGGUCUUUGGGCAAGUGAUCAAAGGCAUGGGUAUUGCAAAGCUGCUAGAAAACAUUGAAGUAAAAGGGGAGGAACCUGUCAAGUUGUGCAUUAUCACAGAAUGUGGUGAGCUAAAGGAAGGAGAUAACUGGGGGAUCUCUCCCAUGGAUGGUUCUGGAGAUACUCAUGCAGACUUUCCUGAAGAUUCUGACAUAGAUUUAAAGGAAGUUGAUAAGAUUGUGACUGUAGCUGAAGAUGUAAAAAAUAUAGGCAAUACUUUCUUCAAAUCACAAAAUUGGGCAAUGGCAGUCAAGAAAUACAGCAAGUCCUUGAGGUACAUUGAAGCUUCUAAAGCUGUGGCAGAGGAAGAAAGUUCAAAGCUGGAUACAGUAGCAUUGACAUGUUUCCUUAAUAUUGCUGCAUGCAAACUGAAGAUAUUGGAGUGGCAGGAUGCAAUUGAAAACUGUGCUAAGGCUCUGGACAUAGAUCCUACAAAUACUAAAGCACUUUACAGAAAGGCCCAAGCUUGGGAAGGAAUGAAAGAUUAUGAUAAGGCAUUGGUUGAGCUUCAGAAGGCUAAAGACAUAGCACCUCAGGAUAAAGCCAUCCAAAUGGAGGUACAGAAAGUCAAGCAGAAGAUAAAAAAUGAGAAGGAAAAAGAGAGGGCAGCAUAUGCAAAGAUGUUUGCAUGAACACGGUUUUCUUCUCCAUUUACGGUGAUAAAGAGGCAGGAUUAGUGUGAGUCAUUGUGACAGCAUGUUUACGUCUGUCAUGUGUUUCAUCUGUCAUACUGUUUUGUAAGUUUACAUUUUGGAUUUUUUUAAAAAAUACACUUUCAAACCCUUGUUAAGCUCAACAGAAAAGCACUUGUGGUUGUAUUUCAGCUUAAACUGUAAGAAACUACAAAAUAAAACAUCAGAAUGAUGCUGCAAGGAGCUUAUACAAGUUCAGUAACAUACUACUUUACAUUCUGUAGAUUGUUUUUCUUCCACCCUCACUCCCCUAGUAACCUUCAUUACUACAGAGUGAAAUUUGUUACAGAAGUUGAAGAAAUAAACAGAAUUUCUAACUCUCA